AACGUCACUUGGCAGGCUCAAAGGUCGGAGGCAUCUCCUAUUUUUAAACCUCCAUUCUCCUAACUUUUUUGACUUGUUUCGAGUCCUAUCCAAUCCGCUGAUAAAUUUCAGCGUAUUUUUGUCGGUCUACUUCGUUACACAUUAUGAACUUUGUGCGACUGGGCAGACCGCUUCUCGGGAUUAAAUCAAAAGCAUUCACACCAAGUUUCUCGUUCACUCCUCGACGCACCAUGCAGGUCAAGUCUAUUCCCAUGUGGGUAGGUAGUAGUGACAACUACGCCUACCUGGUCAUUGACGACAAGACCAAGGACGCUGUCAUCAUAGAUCCGGCUAAUCCGGAAGAGGCCGCUCCUCCCAUCAAGAAAGCCAUCGAGUCCGGCGAAAUCAACUUGAAGGCCAUUGUGAACACCCACCACCAUUGGGAUCAUUCUGGAGGCAACAAAAAAUUUCGCGAUGCACUGGAGCUUCCAGACCUGCCGAUAAUUGGCGGUAAAAACUGCGAGGCCGUCACCACGACGCCCGCGAACGGCGAGGGCUUCCCUUUUGGUAGCAUCCAGGUCAAGGGCCUCUACACGCCCUGCCACACGCAGGACAGUAUUUGCUGGUUUAUGCAGGAUGGAGAUGACAAGGUCGUCUUUACGGGCGACACUCUCUUUCAUGGAGGUUGCGGCAGGUUCUUUGAGGGUACCCCGGAGGAGAUGAACACUGCUCUGAACAAGACCUUGGCUGCCUUGCCUGAUGAUACUCGUGUCUUUCCCGGACACGAAUACACCAAGUCCAACGUCAAGUUUGGCAUCUCGGUCUUGCAAAGCGAGCCUGUUCAGAAGCUGCAAGAGUUUGCCGAGAGCAACAAAGAGACUCAGGGCCAAUUCACAAUUGGCGACGAGAAGAAACACAACGUUUUCAUGCGGAUGGAUGAUCCAGUCAUCCAAAAGGCGACUGGCGAGACGGACCCGGUCAAGGUUAUGGGCAAGCUGCGUGAGAUGAAGAACAACUUCAAAUGACUAGAUGGAGGUAAGGCGGCUCUGUGAGCUUUGAGCGCCGUGUACCCAAGCCACCUGCUUCUCAUGCAACAGGGCCAAACUCCCAUGAAAAACAAGACAGCUCCCUCAAGGAGAAGCAACCUGACUAUAUCGCACGCAGGUACUGAUCACAAGAGGCUGCAUAUAGCUUAUAUUGUCCAGUAUCAUUUGUUCUCUACAUACCUGCAAUUAUGGGAUGUCUCCGCUAUACCACUGACUGCCAGUUCUCUGGAAGAGAGCAGGCAAAUAAAGUGAUACAGCGGAAGGACCCGAACGUAUCAGGUCC